AUGGCCAGUCCUAGAAAAUUUACCCCUGUUUCCAAAGACUGGCAAGAAGAAACUUGUAAUGAACUUGGAAUUUCUUUUAUUGAAAGAGCUGAUUUGAUUUAUGAACCAAACUCUUAUUUAGGAGAGCCAUCUACUUGUUUCAAAAUCAAAGGAGAUGGGAAUUGUUUGUUCAGAAGUCUUGCACUUUCAGUCAGUGGUAAUGAAGACCUUCACAUGUAUUUCAGGAACAUAAUCACAUCAUUUAUUGCGAAUAGCAAAGAUCCUAUUGUACGUGAUGAGACUCCAGAUGAUUAUUUAAAAAGAACUCGGAUGAGGGAAAAUCGUGUAUGGGGGACUGACAUAGAACUUUAUUUUGCUGCAAAGUGUUUAAAUUGUACGAUUUUUGUUUAUUCAAAACAUGGAAAAAUAUAUGACUGGUUAGAAUUUAAACCAAUGAAUAAAAACACAGAUUUAGCAAUUUAUCUGCAUCACAAGAAUGGUGACCACUAUGAUGUUGUUACAUCUGUCAACAAGUCCAGAGCAGAGAGUGAAUUACCAGUGUUGGAAGAUGAAAAUCAUAAAUAUGAGCCUUUUAUUUUCAUUGAUCUUGAUAAACAAAAUGAAAAGGAUGAGACAAAAUUCGACAUUUCAAUGUCAAAUCUAUCUGACAUAUUGAAAAGCAUGAGUUUUGAAGAUAGUGAUGCCAGUGGAUCAGUUGAAUGUUUCAAGUGUCAUGUAAAAGAAAAUCCUGGUACAGGCUGUAUACAAAGUGAACAAAAAGAAGAUCCUUUUGAUUUUGAAAAUGAGGUAGCAUUUGAUACUAUUCAAUGA